AGGCAACACAACGAAACCCCCCAAAAAGUCCUAUCGAUAACGACGAACCUCACCCCUCAUACCCACACAAUCGCCAUUACCAACUCCCCAUAAGCAAUCAGACAACGAUUCCUACCACAACAUUCCAGACUUUCCAUCCCAACCCCCUAUAAGCAGCAAUGGCAUCUCAACUCCUCCCUCUAGAACUUGUCGAUAAAUGCGUCGGCUCAAGAAUCUGGGUGGUAAUGAAGGGUGACAAGGAAUUCAGCGGAACAUUGGUCGGCUUUGAUGACUACGUCAACAUGGUCCUAGAAGACGUAACAGAAUAUGAGAGCACCGGAGAACAAGUCAAGCUUAAAAAGAUACUCUUGAAUGGAAACAAUAUCUGUAUGUUGAUUCCUGGAGGUGACGGUCCCGGGAAUUCGGCUGCAUGAGUUAGGGGAGGGCAAUACAAGGAGGAAGAGACGGAAAAGUAGGUAAUUUUCGCUAUGAUAGGAUAUAUCGGGUAUGAUAUCCAUACGAUACUUACGACGGUACGGUUAAUACAUAAAAUACGUUUCACGUA